ACACGGCACAGCUGGGCCGAUCUCGGGAGGAGAGUAGUCUGAGAAGACGAUGACGAUUAUCACGCGCGUUAAUUCGAUAGCCGGCCAAUAAUGAGAAGAAAAAACGCAUCACUGCCCGCGUGCACACUAUUAUACAUACGCCUACCGAAUGCCGAUAAGAGACCGCGGUCGUGAGGAGGGAAUAGAUGCCCGCUGCUGUUGGAGAGCUUUGUGUCACAUGUUCUACGCGCGAAGAAAAUGAGCAUCCUGCGAAAGAGAUUGAGCGAGUUCGACGAUGUUCUUAACGCGGACGAAAUAGACAUGGUCAGUCUCGGUAAAAUAUGUUUCCAUGGUAUACCGGAUGAGCCCGGGGGGCUGAGACCUUUGUGUUGGAAGUUGUUGCUCAACUACUUGCCGUCAAAAAGAUCCAGUUGGUUAGAAACACUGAAACGCAAGAGAGAAUUGUAUAACACUUUUAUUGAAGAUCUCAUUGUUAUGCCUGGGGAAUCUAAUGCAGAUGACAAAGAAAGAGUUGAUGUAACAUUACAUGAUCAUCCUCUGAAUUUGAAUCCAGAUAGCAAAUGGCAAACGUACUUUAAAGAUAAUGAAGUUCUGCUCCAGAUUGAUAAGGAUGUUAGGCGACUGCGUCCAGACAUAUCAUUUUUCCAACAAGGCACUGAUUAUCCAUGCGAAAAAAUAGUGAGUACCAAUGGCCAGCAACGUUUACACAAUAGAGUUCAACAUACUGUCUUAAAAAGUGCAAAUGUUGAGAGAAAAGGAUUAGGAAUGACCAAGAUAGCAGUGUCCGUCAAAAAAGCUACAGAAGAUUAUGCGCCGUUAGAUGAAGGUGGUGAAGCGCACUGGGAAGUUUUGGAGAGAAUACUUUUCUUAUACGCUAAGUUGAAUCCCGGUCAGGGUUACGUUCAGGGUAUGAAUGAGAUAAUCGGACCUAUUUAUCACGCGUUUGCUUGCGAUCCGGACUCGACAUGGAGAAAACAUGCCGAAGCGGAUACAUUUUUUUGUUUUACCAAUCUAAUGGGCGAAAUACGCGAUUUUUUUAUAAAGAGCCUGGAUGAAGCUGAAUUUGGAAUUAAUUCGAUGAUGAGUAAAUUGACGAAUCAGGUUAGAGCCAACGAUCCCGAGAUCUGGUUACGUUUGCACGAGCAGGAAUUGCGUCCGCAAUUUUACAGCUUCAGAUGGUUGACGGUUCUUCUUUCGCAAGAGUUUCCGUUGCCGGAUGUCAUGAGAAUAUGGGAUUCUCUGUUCGCUGAUGAGAACAGAUUUAGUUUUCUCAUACAUAUCUGCUGUGCCAUGAUCCUAUUACUGAGGGACCAGUUACUGGCUGGCGACUUUGCCACGAAUGUCAAAUUAUUACAGAACUUUCCGUCGAUGGAUAUCCAAAUCGUGCUCUCUAAAGCUGCCGCUCUGGCCGGCAAAUCUUUAUAAUCUUAUUGUUAACGAUUGUUUUGCACAGAGGAAAUGCAUAACAGAAUGAUAUUUUUUAUUAUGUUUUCAAUUAUCAUAAUUUUCAAUUAUCAUAAUAAUCUCUUUUUUUGUUCUAUUCUGUCUCGUGUUAUUUACACGUAUUAUUUUCGAAAAAUAGGAAGACGCAAUAGAGAAAGAGAGAAAGAGAAUAUCAAUAGCAACAUAACGUUAUAUAUAUAUAUAUACUGAAAGAAGUCGGUAUAUAAAAUAAAAUCAUGUUGCAUUUAUGUUGUAUUGGAAACAUAUAAUAGCUGUAU